GGAUUCGGUCCUGGCAGUUGGAUCUAUACAGCAUAUAAAGCGGUUCAACCCUCUGCCAUUCUUUUUCUUGAUACUGCAGUAGUUCUCUCGAGAGACCGGAGAAGCUAAAAAUGGUGUUGGGGUGGCACACAAUAGCGGUGGCGCUCGCGUGCGCGGCUCUGGCAAUGCUGCCCGCAGUCUCGUCCCAGACGGCGCAGCCCGGCCAACCCCAGUUGUUUAAAGUCGGAGGCAGCCAUAUGUGGACAAUGAAUGCGACCUUCAACUACACCACUUGGGCAAGCGGCAAACAUUUUCACCAGGGAGAUUGGCUCAUUUUUUAUUUUGACAAGACCAUGUUUAAUGUGCUGGAAGUAAACAAAACCUGCUAUGACUCUUGCGAUUCUGACCAUUUCAUCCAAAACAUUACACAUGGUGGAAGAGAUGUUGUCCAACUUAACCACACCAAGACUUACUAUUUCAUUAGCCACAGCUGGCAGUGCGCAAGUGGAAUGAAAGUAGCAAUUCACGUUGAAAGCAAACCGCCUCCUCCGACACCCUCCCCAAAAAAGAGCAGUUCUCCUCCUACUCUGCUCUCCACAUUCAGAGGUCACAUUCUUCUGCCAGCUUUGUUCACCAUUGCUGCUGUGUGGGAUUCCUUCCUGUUGCUUGUGUAGGUAGGAGCAUUGUUCAUCAUCUUGAUUACACGGCUUUGCUGAAUUGGUUAAGUUAAUUUGGAGCAACUCAAUUGUGAAGAAAGAUUGCUAUGUAGGCUGAUGUGUGCAUUUAUGUACCCGGAAAAGAAAACCUUGGCGUGUGUUGCAGUAAUCUCUUGUUCUCUAAGGUCGUUAACCAUUUUUUAAACUAAUCAAUUUGAUCAUUUGAGCUCACUUAUGUCUGUGUGGUGGGUGUGUCAGUGUGUGUAAGUCUAUUUCUCAUGUGUUUGAAUUUGAAGAAAAGGAGUGCACAAAUUGCGGAGACUACAACUUGUAUGAUUUAUCUAGGACAAACAUUGACUUAUACUUGGCGAUUCCACUAUUCCUUUUUAUAAAAUACUUCUCAUUUUUUUCUUUUCUC